UAUCCUAAAACAUAACUUGUCAACCGAAUCUCGGCCACUAAAUCAAAGUAAAAUCUAGAAAUCAGUCCACCGUAAUCUGGUUCCCUCUUCUCUCUUGCGACUACAGAGUCACGCACAUUGCCGGACCGGAAGAAAUCAGAUCAGAUAAGCAGGCAGCUCAAUCUGAAGAGUUCGACAUGCAGGCCUCAAGGGUGUUGCUACUAUCUCCAGUACCAACCUCCAUUUCACGAAUGGGCCGUUUCAGAUCCUCACCAUCACUUACUUUCACAAAGCCAAGGUCGUCGACGUCGUCACCCAAAAUCACGGCAAUGGCAAAGGAGGACAGCGACGCCGGCGGCGAAGGCAUAAUAGAGAAAGCAGCGAUAGCAGGAGGGCUGAUAUCGAGCCCAGUCAUCGCGUGGUCUCUCUACACGCUGAAAACAACGGGGUGCGGAUUGCCUCCCGGUCCAGGCGGCUCGAUCGGCGCACUGGAGGGGGUGAGCUACCUGGUAGUGCUGGGGAUAGUGGGGUGGUCAAUCUACACGAAGACGAAGACGGGUUCGGGUCUGCCAAACGGACCGUUGGGUUUGUUGGGUGCGGUGGAAGGGCUGUCGUAUUUGGCGGUGGCGGCCAUAGUGGUGGUGUUCGGGUUGCAGUAUGUGGAGCAGGGUUACAUCCCUGGUCCUCUCCCAGCUGAUCAGUGCUUCGGCUAGAGCCUACCAUCAAUUGUGGACCACUCCAAUUCUAUCUUCUUCUCGUGGAUACUGUUGUUUCUUGUUGCCUUUAUUUCUUCCAUUUCCUUUGACCCUCGAGUGAUCCUGAUCCCUGUAAUAAUAACCCAAAUCAAAUAUUUUUUCCCACCCAGUACGCAGUUGCCUUUUUCUAUUGUAAGUUGUUUUUUGUGUGUGGGUAUUUUCGUGAUUCAAUGUAUAAUAUAAAAAUAAACUUUAUAACAA